UGGGACGCUCGGCUGCCUGCCGUACCCCGUGGAGGACAGACGUCCCGAAAAGCUGAGCGGUCGUGCGGUCAAGGAGGCCUCCACCACCAACGGCUGCGCGAAAGGGAAGGAGAGACGAGGCCAUGGUCACCGCAGGUCACGCAGCCCCUCGUGUGAUGGGGAGCGUGUGCCGCCGCCAGCCCGGGGGAAGAAGAAGAAGAAGAAAUCCGGCCGCAAGAAGCGAAGGAGGUCUCCUUCCUACAGCCCCUCGCCUGUGAAGAAGAAGAAGAAGAAAAGCUCCAAGAAGCGAAAAAGAAACAGGUUAUCCUCAAAGAAGAGAAGACACAGCUCUCGUGGGCGCACCCGGAAAUCUCAUCGCCAUCGCUACCGUCACUGCCACUCUUGCUCGGAGAGCUCCGACUCCCACUCGCCCAGCUGCCGAAGCAGGCACAGAGCCAGGUCUCGGGAGGAAGGGCGUAAAACACGACGAAGACGUUCCCGGCACCAUUCAAAGAUCACGGCAAAGCGAAGCUCCUCUGCAGAGGUUCAGGCCAGCCAAAAAGCCAGCCAAACCCUCCCGCUCUACAGCUUCCUGUCUCCUAAGGAAAUAAUCUCUCAGUCAGGGUCUUCUGCUGACCUCUUUACCAAAACAGACAGCCCGCCUGGCAACCUAGCCAGCCAGAACGGAGAGUAUCAUGAAUAUGACUCAGGAAACGAUACUUCCUCCCCUCCCUCCACUCAAACGAGCUCAUCCAGGUCAAAGGACAGCCAGGAGAAAAGAAGUCUAGUCCAUGAUGGCUUUGGCCAUGCCUUCUCGUCCGGGAAGCCCAAACUGGCCAACAGCGAUAACAGCUCUGAUUCAGGAAAUUCCUUCACCAGUUGCUUUUCCCAGACCAAGGGAACAGCUUUGGAAAAUCUGUCUCCAGAUGCCCAGGGACAAGACCGAAGAGGGUGCCUGUCCUUGUGUGUCAGCUGUUCGGAGGAGAAGCAAAACUUCCUCCCGUCCCCAGCCCAGAGCUCCCCGCUGAGGCCGUGUUCCCGCAGUGAGUCGUACACCAGCACGGGCAGAUCCUCCCCUGGCUCCAGCCACUCCAGCUCCUCACACCACAAGGCCUCUCCCAGGUACUCCCGAAGCAGGUCCUGCUCUUCAGGAAAGAGGUCUUCUUCACGUUCCCCCAGCUAUUCUUCCAAAUCCUGCAAAAAAAGUCCUGGGAGCAGGAGUUCAAGGCCUCGUCGGAGCCCCAGUUACUCCCGCUAUAGCCCUAGCAGAGACCGUGAGCGAGAGCACAAGUAUGGCUCCAGUGAGAAGGAGUCCCACAGGGAGCGUGACCGGCAGCGGCGACGGCGGUCCUAUUCACCCCUGAGGAAACGCAGGAGAGACUCUCCCAGCCACCUCGAAGCUCGGCGCAUCACGAGUGCUCGCAAACGCCCCAUCCCCUAUUACCGGCCCAGUCCCUCCUCCUCCAGCAGCGCCAGCAGCUAUUCCUCGUGGUACAGCAGCUUUAGCCGCUCCCCAAGCAGGAGCCAGAGCUACUCCAGCUACCGGACAAGCCGGAGCCGAAGCUGGAGGAGCAGCAGCAGUGCCGAGGGCAGGAGCCGCAGCCGGAGUUCAGGCCCCAGGAGCAGCCGGAGCAGGAGCAGGAGCUAUGACUCAGGAGGCAGCUCCGACAGCCUGCAUCGCUAG